AUGCCUGCAGAUAGACUCCUAAAUACUGUCCUGCAGUAUUACCAGGACGUCCACGAUGCCGCAAAGACGGACCAAAUCAUCGGCACCACGACCCAUUUGCUAACGCAGCUCUCCAACCCGCUCAACCUCGGUGUCCUCACAUCACAGCUUCUCACGGCCCCGGCCAUCUGGCACCGAAACGAUGGAUCCAAAACUGCCGUAAGGAUAAUCGGCAUAUAUCACACCGCCGCCGUUCGCGUGCGCGAGAACGAAAUCGAGGGCGUCAAACGCAAAGGUCCAUCUGAAGGCGGAGGACUCCGAUGCGAAGAAUGGACCCGAGCAGUUGUCAAGGGCGCUGACGAGAGGUCUCGACGGUGGCAGCACCUGCUCGUAUUGACUGGUGUGUUGAUGGGUAUGGAAGGCCAAGAUCGACAGUCUUUGUCGAGAGGGCUGCGCAAUACCUUGGAGCAAGCUGUCGUCAUGGCCGCCAAUCUCGCCCUUGAAGGAAACGUCGAAGAUGGUCCCGCAGCCGCAGUAUCCAUCAUCACGGCUUUGAAUUUUGCGUUUCCUAUACUCUCCGAGUUUCACAGAGCUCAGAUAAAUUGCAAUGCGCUGCUACCAAUUGCCAUCUGGGCAAUUACCGGAGAAGAAGGCUUUUGCGAUGCGCAGUUCCUCAAGGCAGUCAGCAGAGACACCACAUUGCAACCCGGCCAUAUCUUCUCAUGGCCUGAACGGUCUGCUUCCUGUCAGCUAUUGCGGGACAUGGACAAGCAACCAUUGAUGACAAACAUGGGCCCACUGUCCAAACUGGCAGCCUUUGCUGUACAGAAUGCGACUGAUACUCCUGUGGUGUUGCAAGCGCAGGAUGCUUUGUUAGUAUUUACUGCCAGGGUCCUGGAUGCUUGGCAAAAGAAUCGAUUUAGCGAAAUCGACCCGGCCUUUGAGGGUUCUCACUUGAGCCCUGAAACGGCACAAACCACCUGGCCAUUAUUGUGGCAGGUAUUCAGAAAGCUCAUGUUUGGCACGACAGCCGUCCUGCAGGCAAUUGUGGCUCGCGGUCUGUUGGAUCCGCACAUGUUGAUGCACGGCAUGGCUCCCAGCGUUGCCUCCAAGUCGUUGCAAAUAUUGCGAAAUAUGUUCUUCAUCUCGAAUAGAAACGGAAACAGCGCGUUCCAGGUAUACACAUUCGCUUACAUGACGUCGCUUGACGUUUUGAGUCGAGACGGCCCAGCCACCGAAGCGUUUCUCAGAGAAAUCCGACCUGCGGACGCAAUUCUCAAUCCGUCAGCACACCUUCACAUGACGCUCGAUUUAUUCUACCUCAACGUGGCGGAACAUCUCCCUCUCACACUCUCCACCGACGCAUGCGAGCUCCUCAUUGUGAAGCCCGCAAUCUCAUACCUCUCCCAAGAAGGCGCCAUGUCACCAUCCAUGACCGAAAUCUUCGAAUCUGCUCAUAGUGCCAUUCUAUCCGUGCUCUCAUGCCCACAACACAGCGCACUCACCAUCAAGAUUACACCCUUUUACAUUGUCAAAGUCUUUGACUCGUUCCCUCAACACAUAUCCCCACGCCAAUUCAGAGUCGCCUUCAAAACCGUCAUGGAAAUUGUAUCUCCGCCGUUCCCCAUCGCCGCCAUAGAGCCACACAUGUCGGAAACACUUUUGGACAUGCUUCGCACUAACACCAUUACCGCGAGCAAGACCUUGCUCCCUACCAAACCAGACACUGUUUCACAAGCACUCGAAGAAACGCAAGAGGAGCCCUUAUCAGAGCAAAGUGCCUUGGUCAUGACGCUGAUAGAUUCUUUGCCAUUCUUGCCGCUGCCGUUGGUGGAGGAAUGGUUGGCAAUCACUGCCCAGGCCAUGAAUGAGAUUGAAGACCCUCGGCUGAAACUACCAGUGAAGAAGCGAUUCUGGGACAUACUGGUAAAUGGGGAGAUGGACGUGGAGAGGUCGACGAUUGGAGUUGCUUGGUGGGGGACAAAAGGAGGCAGAGAACUUGUGCUGUUUGGAGGCGCCCCUGAACCACCUUUGAUGAGUGGUGCGUUGGGAGGGGAUACGAGUAGCCGGUUGUAG